CGGCUGAAAGACACAAAAGUGGCAGGAUUCCUUUUUUUCUGCCCAAAGCGGGUUCCGCCCACCUAUGCUCCUCCGAGGCCGAGCGUUGGCUGAAAGCGUCGCCGCGCCACGGCCCCGCCCCACCGGCUGUUGCUGUGAUUAGCGCUUUGUUGCUUUAGGGGUCUUCCCAAGCAGUCAAAAGCGCAGAGCAGUUUAGGGAUUGCAGCUGACAGAUCGGACGGCAGCCAGGUGCUGUAGGAAAGGUCGUGAGAUCGGGUCUGACAGCAGAGUCUCAGCUCUGGGCCUCAGCUUGGAGGCACAGGGCUCCCCUCUCCCUCGCGUGCAGACAGAUUGGGUAGACCUAGCCCUGUGAAGAUCUGGAAACCAUGACCAACAAAAGAAUUGCCGUGAUCGGAGGAGGUGUGAGCGGGCUGACCUCUAUCAAGUGCUGCCUAGAUGAAGGCUUGGAGCCUGUCUGCUUUGAAAGGACUGAUGACAUCGGAGGGCUCUGGAGGUUCCAGGCAAAUCCUGAAGAAGGAAGAGCCAGUAUUUACAAAUCAGUGAUCAUCAACACUUCUAAGGAGAUGAUGUGCUUCAGUGACUAUCCCAUCCCAGAGCAUUUUCCUAACUUCAUGCACAACUCCCAGGUCCUGGAGUAUUUCAGGAUGUAUGCCAAAGAAUUUGACCUUCUAAAGUAUAUCCGACUGAAGACUACUGUGUGCAGUGUGAAAAAGCGGCCUGAUUUCUCCACUUCAGGCCAAUGGGAGGUAGUCACAGAAUCCGAAGGGAAAAAGGAAGUGGGUGUCUUCGAUGGAGUCAUGGUUUGCACCGGCCAUCAUACCAAUGCUCACUUGCCCUUGCAAAGCUUCCCUGGAAUUGAGAGGUUCAAAGGACAGUACUUCCAUAGUCGAGAUUAUAAGAAUCCAGAGAGUUUCACUGGAAAGAGAGUCAUUAUAAUUGGCAUUGGGAAUUCUGGAGGAGAUCUGGCUGUGGAGAUUAGCCACACAGCCAAGCAGGUUUUCCUCAGCACCAGGAGAGGGGCUUGGAUCUUGAAUCGUGUAGGAGACUAUGGAUAUCCUUUUGAUGCGAUGUUCUUUUCUCGACUUAAACGUUUUUUUGUGAAGAUUUGUGGUCCAUCAUUAAUAAACAUGUAUUUGGAAAAAAGGAUGAACCAAAGGUUUAGCCACGAAAUGUAUGGACUAAAGCCUAAACACAGACUUCUGAGUCAGCAUCCAACAAUCAAUGAUGACCUGCCAAAUCGUAUAAUUUCUGGCUUGGUGAAGGUGAAAGGAAAUGUGAAGGAAUUCACAGAGACAGCUGCCAUAUUUGAAGAUGGCUCCAGGGAGGAUGACAUUGAUGCUGUUAUCUUUGCCACAGGCUAUAACUUUGCUUUUCCUUUCCUUGAAGAUUCUAUAAAAGUAGUAAAAAACAAGGUAUCCCUGUAUAAAAGGGUCUUCCCUCCUAACCUGGAAAAGCCAACUCUUGCAAUCAUAGGCUUGAUCCAGCCCUUGGGUGCCAUUAUGCCCAUUUCAGAGCUCCAAGGACGCUGGGCCACUCAAGUAUUUAAAGGGCUAAAGACAUUGCCCUCACAAAGUGAAAUGAUAACAGACAUAGCUAAGGCUCGAGAGAAAAUUGAAAAAAGGUAUGUGGAGAGCCAGCGCCAUACCAUUCAGGUAGACUAUAUAGAUACCAUGGAUGAGCUUGCUGACCUGCUGGGCGUCAGGCCCAAUUUGCUGUCUCUGGCCUUCACUGACCCCAAGUUGGCAUUACAGUUAUUAUUGGGUCCCUGUACUCCAAUCCAGUAUCGUCUACAGGGUCCUGGAAAAUGGGAUGGAGCUCGAAAAGCUAUCCUUACCACAGACGACCGCAUCAGGAAGCCUAUGAUGACGAGAGUAGUUGAGAGCAGGAAUUCCAUGACUUCAAUAAUAACAAAGGCCAGGUUUAUGCUGGCUGCUGUUAUCUUUGCCAUAAUUAUAACCUAUUUUUAGCUGUUCCAUUGUCAUUGCUCCAGUUUUCUUUGAGGAGCUGGAUCUACAGAUGCCUUCAGAAUCUGGCAAGGUUGAACAACUCUUAGUUUCACAUUACCGAGAAAUCUGUUUUUUCCCCAAAGCAUUCAUCCUUUUUCCUCUUUUCCCUAUAAUGAAAUUCCAGCUUUUCAUUCAUAUUGACUUAUCUUCCUUCUCAUGACCCAGCAUGUUUUCCUUUUGGCAGUCCCUAGGCUAGUGAGCUCAGAGACUCUCUUAAUCAUCUUUUCAUGUCCUUAGCAGAGUUCUUGGCACAUGAUAGGUGUUUAAUAAAUGUUUGUUGUUAUCACACAUUAUGGUGGGGAACAUAAGUCAGUAUCUGUAUAAGAAAUGGGUGACUGCAUUUGUAACUCAGCUUCUGAGAGGAUUUGGUUCUCUAUUAGAAACUCAAUCUUCUAUGUGCUUUUAAUAUUGUAAUUAAGUGUAUGUUUCCUGAGGGGUAAAAGAAAUAAUGGUCUUGUAACAGCUGUAUAUACCUAAGAUAUAUACAUAAACAUUUUGUCUCACUAGCUA